AUGAAUAUGAGAAUUUUGUACAUUGGAGCAUUGGCCAUAGGUGCCAUAUGUAUUAUUAUUGGUGUUCUGUCCAUGACUCUUAUUCCAUUAUCUAUUACAAAAAGAAUUGAACAGGAUGAACAUCUGGGUUAUGACGAAAAUGGUACUUUUAAUGCAAUGACCAAGCGUUGGAUUGAGCCGAAAUACAAUAUGAAAAUUAAAGUUUGGGUUAUUUCAGUAACCAAUCCAGAAGAUGUAGUUAAUGGCAGUUAUCCUGUAGUCACUGAAAAAGGACCUUACGUGUACACAGAACAUCAAAAGAAAAUUAAAGUAAAGUUCAUGCAGAAUGAUACACGUGUAUUAUAUCGUAACAGGCGCCGUUAUGUUUAUAGUGAAGAAGAAUCAUGUGCAAACUGUAGUUUACUUGACUCAGUCAUGAUACCGAACCUUAUGUUCCAGGCACGAUUUGUUUUAGUGCUUCAAGUGGCCUCCAAAAGUUCUCCAUUUGUGAAGAAUAUCAUAAAGUCUGCAUUUAGCAGGUUUAAACGAGAAACACCAUUUAUAAAUGCAACCGUAGGCGAGGUUCUGUUUGAUGGAUAUGAAGACCCAAUGAUUAAAUGGGUUUGUGAUAAAGUUCGGCCUCUGUGUAGUGUUGCAAAUAUUCCUACGCGUAUAAGAUUUUUGGAAAAUGAUACAGUUGAUGGGGAAUAUUUGAUUGGUACUGGGUUACGAAGUAACCAGGAGCUUGGUCACGUUUACGCGUGGAAUGGACAAAAUGAAACUGUUUGGUGGAGUACUGCGCAAGCACGAAUGAUUAAUGGAACAGAUGGCCAACUUUUCCCACCAUCUAUACAAAUAUACAGAGAUUUGCCAGUUUUCUUGGGGCAAUUGGGGAGAUCAAUUCACAUGCGAUAUGACAAGUCUGUAACAUAUAAAGGUAUACCGUCCUAUCGAUUUGUGAUUCCUUCAGAUGUUUAUGAUCCAUUUCUACCAGAAAAUAAAGGAUUUUGUAAUCCUGAAAUACCUCGUUAUUUCAGUCAUGAUAUUCAGCCUGAUGGAUGUUUACCUGCUGGCAUGUUCGAUAUCGGCCACACAAAACUUGGAUCUCCUCCAAUAUUUAUGUCCGGUGUUCAUUUUUAUCAGUCGCCUGCACAAGUGUAUCAAAAUUUUGUCGGUUUUCCUCAUCCAAACUGCAGUGACCAAUCAUAUAUUGACAUUGAACCAUUAACGGGUGUUAUUCUGAAUGCUCUGGGUGCAUCUCAAAUUAACGUUGGAAUGAUUAAUGAUACUUUUUAUUUUUUCCAAAAAAUACCGAGUAUGAUCGUACCAGUUUUAUGGUUAAAAGAAAUAAUAAAUGUGGAUGAUGACACGAGAAAAGAGCUAGAAAGUGUUGGAAGAUCGUCUCGAAUGGUAAUUUUUAAAAUUCGAGUGUAG